UACUGUACUAGUAAGUUUGUGAUUUGGGAGGUUCAUAAUAUUGAACAUUAUACACUAACAGCUAUAGAAAUAGACAUUGAAAAUGCUAGUAGCAUUGGAUAAUUAUUAUUGAAAUAGGGACUACAUAAAAGCCAACAUACCGGUAGACUACCGGCAGCCCACAAUAUUGAAAACAAAAAAGGUAAACCUGAAAACAGGCAAUGAAAAAAAAUAGCAUAACAACUGCAGGACUGGGGGAAUUACUGACAUAUAUAAGCAUCAAGACUACUACAGUUAAAUGCACGUUCGUUUACUGCGGACUUUAACAAGAGUGUAAACCAAUAAUCUUUACUUAAAUCAAGAUUCCAAAGACACGUAUGAAUAAUGAUUUACAGUAACGUUUGAUAACAGGAGGCACAUUCAAAUUCAUACUGGAUAAGGGACAUUUAUUUCUAAAAGUUGUCGGAAAAGUCAAUAGAAUACUCAAAUACGAAUUCAUAGUGCAAAACUAUUUUUGAACAUAAAUUUAGCUGCAGAUACAUUGGCAAAUGAAUGGAGGACACAAAAUCAAUGCUUGUGAAUAAUGUGGAAAAUCUUUCCAGCAAAGUCGUUUUUGCAAUCCCACAUGUCACACAUACUGGGGAAAAAUCCUACUCUUGUGAACUAUGUGAAAAGUGUUUUUCAUGGAAAUCUAGUCUAAAACGACAUAAUCGAAUUCAUACUGGAGCAAAAUCCUACGGUGAUCGGUCUUACGAUUGUAAAGACUGCGGUAAGUGUUUCUCUUCAAGUUCUCACUUAAAAAGACAUGUGCGAAUUCAUACUGGAGAAAAGCCAUUUGCUUGCGAGUAUUGUGAUAAGCGUUUUGCCUCAAAUUCUGACAUGAAAAUCCAUAUCCGAAGUCAUACUGGAGAGUACCCGUACGCUUGUAAUCAUUGUGGAAAAGGUUUUUCUCAAAGCUCUGAUUUGAAAAAACAUAUUCAAAACCAUACUGGUGAAAAGCCCUACUCUUGUGAACUGUGUGGGAAACGUUUUUCGUUAAGAAAUCAUGUAAAACGACAUAUCAAAAUUCACUCAGGAGAAAAACCACAUGAAUGUAAAUACUGCGGUAAGCGAUUUGUUGAAAAAUGGAACUUGAAAAAGCAUACCCAAACUCAUACUGGGGAAAAACCGUAUGCUUGUAAAUAUUGUGGAAGAUGUUUUACUAAUAAUGUUCUGAAAGUCCAUGUUAGAAUCCAUACUGGAGAAAAACCAUUCGAUUGUGAAUACUGUAAAGCGAAAUUCUCGAGCUCCUCUUCUUUGAAAAAGCAUAUUCGGAUGCACACUGGAGAAAAACCGUAUAAAUGUAAUUUUUGCGGGAAGUGUUUUGCGGACAGUAGCAAUUUAAAUGGACAUAUUCGAAUUCAUACUGGAGAAAAACCAUAUGCUUGCAUGCAUUGUAAUAAGCGUUUUGCUGCAAAUACUAACUUGAAAAGCCACAUCCGAACUCAUACUGGUGAGAAACCCCACGCAUGUGAAUAUUGUGGAAAAUGUUUCUCUGGAAGCUCUGAUUUGAAAACCCAUAUUCGGACCCAUACAGGAGAAAAGCCAUACGAUUGUAAAUACUGUGAAGCAAAGUUCUCGGACAAAUCCGUUUUGAGAAGGCAUAUUCGAAUUCACUCAAAACAACAACAUUCAAAACCGCAUGAAUGUAAUUACUGCAGUAAGUGUUUUGCAGCCAGUAGUAGCCUCCGUAGACACAUUCAAGUACAUACAGACGAAAAACCGUAUGUUUGAUUUGCAAGUGCAUACGCAGACACACUAGAAGUAGAAAAUAAUUGCAAAGAUUGUUAAUAUUCUUUUGAGUAUCAAAUGAGUUGUAAAGUUAUAAUGUAUUGUGGAUCGUUUGAAUAUAGUGGAACGACGCAGAGAUGUUUAUGGUCUGUUUUUAAUACCAAGAAUUUUCAAUUUACUGACAGAUUUUGGGAGCAGUCGUACUAUUUAUAUUGCAUAAACAAAGUACUGUAUUUUUUGAAUAUUUCGAAUACUGGGUUUUGAAGGUACAAAUCGAAUACUCUGAUA